UAAAGAUAAUGGCUCUAGACGUUGACCUUUCCUUUUGAGUUCCAUGUGACUUUAGUCAUGACCAUAUUUUAUCAACAACAUAUUGUAAAAUGAAGGACAUUUCAUCAGUUUUGAAAUUUUGGACACUUUCUGUGUGUAUUUUGUAUGUGUUUGCGAAUGAUUGUCAAACUCAGCACAAAGGUUCAUGUGUUAACUACAGAUACAGUACGUGUCUAGACGGGGAAUAUUAUACACUAAAUGGAUGCGGCUUCGAGGAAAUGUGUUGUUUUCCUUCAACACAAAUACCAAUGAUUCCAGCGUUUCAGCCGAACCAGUGCGGCUUAAGUACACCACAAACAACCCACACAAACAAAAUAGUUGGAGGAUCUGUGGCUAAACCAGGAGAAUUCCCUUGGCAGGUAUCGUUACGUCUACAUGAUACACAUAUUUGUGGGGGUAUACUUAUUGACAGAAACUGGGUAUUGACAGCGGCUCAUUGUUUCAGACAGAAUCAUUAUCCAAUAAUGUGGACCGUAGUGGUGGGAGAAAAUGACAGGGCAUUUAUUGAAGGCCAGGAAAAAAUAGUAAAGGUCGAUACGCUUUUUGUUCACGCCAACUUUAAUGCUGACAACUACAAGGACGAUAUUGCAAUGAUGAAGUUGGCAGAAGACGUAGAGAUCAAUGGAUUUGUGCGACCAGUAUGUCUUCCACAGAAAAAUGACAGCUUUCAGAUGGAAACCUGCGUAAUAACAGGCUGGGGUGCUGCAUUCACAGGAGGGCAUGGGACGCAUGCGCUGUAUAAAGCUAACAUUCCAGUACUAGCGCAACCUGUAUGUACCUUCCUACUGGACAGAACCAUUCCGGAUACAAUGAUAUGUGCUGGUCUGAAACAGGGCGGGAUUGACAGCUGUCAGGGAGACAGCGGUGGACCGCUAGUCUGUGAGAAUGGAGGCGUCUACAAAAUUGCUGGCAUAGUAUCCUGGGGAUACAGCUGCGCAGCACAAUACACGCCAGGGGUGUACACCAAUGUACCGAAGUAUAUCGACUGGAUACAAUCCGUUUUGAACGCCUACGAUCCUUCCUCAAAUAUUAUUGUCGGGAAAAGGUCGACAAAUAAUGCAUUUAACGUGUACAACUCAGUAUAAACGGCUGAAUAUA